GAAAAGCCAACUAUAUCAUUAGCAAAAAAGGAAUUUUCAAGACAGCAGAAGCCUAGCAAAAGAUUAUUACCAAAUGCACAUUACCCUGACCAUGCAGUGGAGACAACUCCUUGCAAGCUCCUGGGUCUCCUGGAUGAAAUAAAUUUCACAAAAUAUCUGAUAUUAGCAGAUGCAGGAAAUGAAUGCAAGAAAUGA